AUGGCUGCACCAAAUUUUAGCUUCACGCAUCCACAAUUGGGCAAAGUCACUGGGACUGAUGGCGAGGUUGUCUGUUUCCGCGGCAUUCCGUAUGCUACAAUCAAGAACAGACUUGCGGAACCUCAAUUGAUGAACCAAUACUCUGAUUCGGUCAUUGCUACGUCGAAUGGCCCAACAUCUCUUCUCCCUCCCGGUGCCUUUCAGCUCGAGAUGCUGCUGAUGCAACAAUCGCAACCCGACCCUCAGCGCCCUGUCUCGGACUUAAAUGCACUUCACCUUAACAUAUACGUUCCAAGGAUCAAUGGCCAGCUACCGGUGCCGGGAAACCUUCCCAUCUUCGCCUGGAUACACGGGGGUGGAUUCGUUUCUGGGGCUAACUCUUGGCCACAUUACGACAUGCAAAACCUCAUACAACUCUCAGCUAGCCAAGGUCUACCGGUGAUUGGUAUCGGAAUUAACUUCCGAUUGGGGAUGUCGGGAUUCCUGACGUCCUCCGAAUUGAGAACUGCCGGGUAUAAACCCAACAAUCAACUGCGGGAUCAACGUGUAGCUUUUGAUUGGAUUCGCAAGUAUAUCGGGGGGUUUGGAGGUGACAGUAAUAGACUUACGGUGGCGGGAGAAAGCACCGGUGCGGUUGACGUGGGCUUGCACCUCCAGUCAGAACAACCUUUGUUUGACCGAGCUAUAAUGAUGGGAGGGUCAUCAUUACUAAUGCCACCUGCCACGGCAGAGUAUCAAGAAUGGAUCUACAGCCGGGUAUUGGAGCUCUUGGGGAUCAAGGAGGCAACUCCUUCAGAGAGAAUCCGCGCGCUUGUUGAAGCCCCAGUUGAACAACUCAUCUCGAAAUUAUCGCCACCUCUACCCUACAGGCCAAUGAUUGAUCACGACCUAAUAAAGUUCCCAGUCACUUAUGACAUGGUAUCUCAACAGAGAUCCAACGCCACGGUUCCCGGUCAUACGUGGCUCAAGGGCUUGAUGGUUGGGGACUGUCAAUUCGACGCGUCGAGCAUGGCAUUUUUCAUGGACCACAAGAAGCCCGGUAUUGCACAGUCAUUUCCGACGCAUCUCCGCGGAGCAUUUCCCGAUAAUCCAGAUGAUAUCGGAAAACUUCUGGAAAUUUUUGGCUUCACAUCCGAACCCCUGGAUGAUGAUAUGGCAUUCAAGAAUUUUCUGUAUUUUGUAAACGAUCUCUGUUAUUUUGGGGCCACGGCAACGUUUGCUGAGGGUUGGUCAAAUAACUGUUACACGUUCUUUAUGAACGAGCGUAAUCCAUGGGAUGGUCGUUUCAAAGGAGAAGCCACGCACGUUAUAGACGUCAGCCUCUUGUUCCAAAACUUCAACGACCAAUUACCGACGGCCAUGCAAGCAUCUGCAAAGGCAUUCGCUACGGACCUAUUCACAUUCAUGGCUGGUCGUGCACCUUGGCCUGCCUGUACUGAGAAAGCGCAGACAGCGAGAGUAUACGGUCCAUCAUCCUGGGAAACCGAAGUCCAGAACUCAACCCUGCAUGUUGUUCAUAGUCUGGUCGCGCCUGAAACAGGCAGAAGAGGUGCUAUUCUUGAUAUAGGCCGGCGGCUUGGGCUGGAUAAUCUGGCCGCUGCGUUUGGUUCCUUUGCUGCCUCCUAA